AUGACUGGGGGAAAAGCCGCCUGGGGUGGGACGGCAGACGCUGGGAUAAAGUGCCCCUUCUGCCGGCAGUUUGUCGAGGGAUAUUUCCCGAUCAACGAUGGCGCUGGGAAGGGCAACCCGGCCCUUGUCGAGGCAAACAGGGCAGCCCGUGCAGCGGCCGUAGCUAGGCAGCCUGUUGUUGUCAAGAAACAAGCAGCGGUGCACGAUGUUCUGCCUCCUUCGGAUUGGGAAUGCGCAAAGUGCCAGAACAUCAACUUCUCCGCGCGCUCAAAGUGCAACAAGUGCGGCCAGCCAGGGCCGAAGGGCGCACCAGCGAUCAUUCAUGGAGCACCGUCAGGCGACGUCCUGAAGUGCACCGACAAGGAGCUGAGAGACUGUGCACUGGAGAAGAUGCACCCCAACUUCCAGCAGGCCUUCCAGGAGGCGGGCACGCCAGCGCAGACCGGCCUGGUGCCGGGCGCGGUUGGCGGCAACGCCGAUUCGGUGAUCGCUGCCAUGUCCAAGCGCGGCCAGGACCGCCUGCACCACGUCAUCCGCAUCCUGGCAGAGAAGGGUCAUGUCAAGGAGCUGGCGACGGCAUUCUAUGGCAACUACACGGUCCAAGACCUGCUGGACGCGACGCACAAGUUCAGGCAGGCUGCCGCCAAGCUGCGUGCCCGAAAAACCGCAGCCAGUCAGGACAUCGAGAGGAUGCUCGGCUUCUCGGACGGGCAGGACUCGCUUGGCCGGAUGGCGAGAGGCAUCGCGGGGGCCAUGCCAGAGGGCGCAAUGCACAAGCAGGGCAUCUACGUGGUGCUCAAGCUCCUGGAGGUGGGUGACUGCGCAGACAUCCUCCCGCUGGCGUCCAAGCUGUUCCCGGGAGGCCCAAAGCUCACAACCGACCUGCACUCCCCCGAGGCCUGGCGUGGCGUCAAGAUUAUGACUGGUCUUGUGGACGCCAUGAGCGAACUGGCGCACCAGGGGGGCCACAUGUCUGCAGCAGCAAUGGGGCUCCUCGACAGCCUGUGCGGUCUGUACCUGAAGGAUGAGCAGGCCGUCAUCAAGCUAGCCCAGCACAAGAACUAUGGCCCCAUGCUUGUGGACGCUGCCUCUGCAGGCCUGCCGCGCCCAAAGUGCAAGCAGGUGAAGAGCUGGACCAAUCAGCCAUCUCCUGCUUUUGGAGCAAGUCUGGUGUGGAAGAUUCUGCAGCGACUGGAUGAUGAGGACGAGAACAGCUGGGUGAAGAGCAUUGUGAACGAGCUGUUCAAGUGCCUUGGAUCGAUCCAGAGUCAAUUAAAGGCCUUGGACAUGCUCAGUGAUGCCCUGUGCUUGAAGGGGGUCCCAGACCAUGCAGUGGCCUCUCACAUGCAGAUGCUGCAUGAUGUGCUGGGAGAUGCGAGAGCUGAAGAAAUGCUGAAGAACGUUGAGAGGCAGCGGGGAGCUAAGGUUGCCCAGCAACCGCACAACAAAGCUCGUUCCGGAGGUGUGCAGCCAGGCGCAGGUGGAAAAUGCCCUGUGCAAUUUGGCUCACUAAACGGCCACGAAGACUACAGCAGCGUGUUUGCGUCCCCGCCGCGGAACCUGCCUGCAGCCAAGGCCCCCGCCGCGCCGCACCCCUCUAUACUGGGGCCUCCAUUUGUGCCGCCGCCUGCUCAGCCGCAGCCGCCGCCCCCACUGGCGCCUCCACCAGCAGCCCCCAUCCCCAACGGGAUUCUGCAGUCCGGUCCACUGCUGCCAAUCCCCCCGCCCACCCAGAUGGCCAACGGCACCAGGCCUCCCCCACCGCAGAGGCUGAUGGUGUCGCCUCGCGGCCAAGGCUACAAGCCUGGCCCUCCUCCUGGAGCACCCGCAGCAGUUCCGGCCCCGCUGGCACACCUCAUACCUCACCUCAUGAUGGGCGCCCCGGCCCCUCCUGCACCUGCGGCCCCGCGCCCCGCCGCCCCGCCGCCUGUGCCUGCGCCUGCGCCAGCCCCAUCUACCAGCAUGCCGAGCGCAGCCGUCAAUGGCCACCACAGGGCGCAGCAGACUGGCCCGGCGCCGGCAGCGGGACCCCCUCCACGCAUGCCUGUCAUCACGCCCCCUGCCGAGCACCGAAACGCCCGGCCUGCCCAGAACGGCAUCCACCCGCCUGGAGCUACUCGGCAGGCUGCGCAGGCCCCGGCUGCGCCUGCUGCAAGAAUGUGCGUCCUGCGGCUGCGGCUAACCUGA